CAUUGCACCUACCCGAAUGAACCAAAUAAAAAACCCACCCAUACUCCAAAAUAGUCGGACCACCCGGAGCCUACAAAGCCAAGAGCCUAAGACCUUGGAAGUUGGAAGAAGGCAGGAGAAACAAAGGAAAGCCAUGACACAACUUGUAAACCUUAGCCUUACCAACCAUUGCAAAACACCAUCUUUACCUUUCAGAAUUUCCUCUCUACCCAAUACUUCUACUUCUUCCAGCCAUCAAAAUUUUGCAGUUUUGACUCAGCAACUGCGUUGUAAAGGCAGAUUUUCUUGCCUUUUCUCAGAUAAUCGCAAGCAGGAACAAGCUAGGAAAGCCUUAGAAAGUGCACUCGGUGGAAACAAAGAAAAGUUCGAGAAAUGGAACCAAGAAAUUCAAAAGAGGGAAGAAGUAAGUGGAGGAGGAGGUAAUGCUGGUGGUGGAGGUUGGUUUGGUUGGGGUGGACGAUUCGGCUGGUCUAAUGGUGACAACUUUUGGCAAGAAGCACAACAAACUAGUCUUGCUGUAUUGGGGAUCCUUGUUUUGUACCUUGUAGCAGCCAAAGGAGACGUGCUGCUGGCCGUGAUCGUCAAUCCCCUUCUCUUUUCGUUGCGAAGUACGAGAAACUUUCUCACUUACAUUGUGUCAUUUAUAACCGGAAAACCAAUGCAGUUUCAAGAAACAAAACAAGAGGCAAUGCAAGGUAGUGCUAAAGAAAGAGUUGUGAAGAAAUGGGCAUCCAGUUAACAGAUUAUUUUCUCUAGUAGAAAGCCAGUAAAUGUGUGGUAUCAUUAUUCAUUAUGGUGUGUAAUCUUACCUUCACAAGAAGAUUUUGUAAUGCAUAGAUAUGCAAUUAUGCAUGACUUUUUUGGUUAAUACUCUUCUAUUGAUACUAGAUGACUAGAUUAUGAAUCCUUAUCAAGAAUUCAAUCAAUUUUAAUUUAUGGUUGCUGCCAAAUGGUUUCACAUA